AUGGAUGAAGUAAGUUAAAAAAAAUAAAAUAAAUUGCAUAGAAUAUCUAAUUAGUUAAAAGCUUACAUAAGUAACAAUUUAACUUAAAUUCUAAUAGUAUUUAUAACCCUAUUUCCUACCAUAAUAAUAACCUUCGCAACUUUUACAAGCAUUUAAUUUUCUUAGAAUGUAAGCGUUGAUCUAAUCAAUGACUUCGCAGAAUAGCUCUUUUAAGACUAAAUAGAAAGUUCCAAGUAAUAAAAUUUAGCUGUAGUUUUCUAAUUAAAAUCACAGGUUUAAAAGAUUCCUUGGCAGAUAAACUUGCUUAAUGAAUUUUAAGGCAAAAAUCUACUUGGUGCAGUAAUUAAAAACUCUAAACAUAUUCCUGCAAUCCAUAAUAUAGAUAGAUCAUUUUAUAUGAAAGAAAACAAGACUGUAUUAAAUAUGUUUUUGAAAAACUCAAUAUAGACGAGUGUCUGGCACCAUGUAAAUUUUAGCUAUUUAGAAUAAUUAGAUGAAAGAUAGAUUAAACAAUUGUAUGAUGGUUAUAGAUUAGAUUCGAUUUGGAAAGCAAUUAAGUUUGAUAAUUAAAAUUAGAAUAAUAUGUGGCUAAAAAUCAAAGACAUUUUUAAUGCCCAUGAUUAUGAUGGUCUGAUUUAUAUGACAAGCAUAAAUACAACUUAUACAACAUACCCUAUUCCUCCAGGGUGUCCUUAUAAUGGCACUUAUAAGUUUGAUAUUAGAUGUAGGUUUUAUUAUAAACCUACUAUGGCCGAUAUAUCUACAAUUCUAUAUGAUCCUUAAAUAUUUUAUACUAAUGCUAAUCCUUAUUUAGCAAGUGUCUUUUGCUAGAGGAGAUUGAGGUACUUUAACUAAGAUCCCAACUCUUAAGCAGAAAAAUAUUCUGUACUCUGCAUAACUUUAGACUUAACUUAAACUCCUCAAUAUUUUUAAAAUUUUGGAUAAAACUCUAAAUUUUAAAUUAUUUUGGAUCCAAGAAAAUUGACGGUUAUUUACGAUUCUUCUAUCAUAAAUAUUAAAAGAGAUCAAAUCUUAAAAAUUUAAUAAGCAGAGACAGAUUACCUCCAAGAUUAAAGUUAGUCAUAGAUUUUCAUUGAAAAUAUUAGUUUGAUGUCUCAAUACAUUCUAGACUAGAAAGAUAAUAUAAAUGAGCUUUAGAUAGAUUCAGAAUAACUUUAGAGAACAUUCUAAUAUAAUAGAAAUGGGACUGUGUGUUUUGUAAUUCAAAAUCUCAUCAUUAUGAUUGAUAAAAUUCCUAGCUUUGAAGCAUUAAAGAGAGGAAGUUCUUCUAAAAAAUUUUAGCUCAAAAGCGCAUUUAUCUUUUUGGAUGUGCUCUCGAAAGAGAAGAUGACUUAAUAUUCUAAUGACCUUUAAAUUAAGAUAAAAUACUACAAUUAAAUAUUUAGCUACUGUUGUUGGGUCUUAAUAAUAUUGGCUACCAUUUUUUAGCUUUACUUUUCGAUAAUCUUAGGGCGAUUAUUAAUCCAUCCUAUUAUUCAUUUAACAAAUAUUUUAAAGUAAAUCAAAAUUAAAAACCAAAGCAUUUAGCAAUUGAGUAAUAAUUUAAUCAAAGAUUCAUAACAAGCUACAUAUCAAAUGACAAAUACGAAUUUUAAGAGCCAAAAAGAAAUAUUUUAAUCAGAUGUUUCAAUAUUGAGCUUUGAAGAUUAAAUACAAUUUGAAUUUAACAUAAAUUCAGAUUUUGAUGGUAUUUGCUUUUCUAGCGAUACACAGUAGUUGUUAAACAGCUUCUAAAAUAUGUUUAAAAUUUUAAAAUUUACUAACUCUAAUAUACUUAAGUAAAAUGAGAGUACUUCUUUGCUUAAUCUUAAUAUUCAAGUUCAGUACUUUGAAAAAUUUUGUAAUUAUAGAGCAUUAGGAGUGUGCUAUAAUAAUAUAGGAGUAAUUCAUUACAACAGUGGUAGAUAUUAAGAAUCUGUAGAAAAUUUUUAAAAAGCUGUUAUAUUUGCUAAAUACGAGCUAAAUAUCUACGCCCACGACAAUUUAAAAGAAGAACUUUCUUUAUAAAAAAAGAGGCUCACUUCUAUUUUUAAUAUGAAUAUCCUUGAAAACAAAAAUAAAAGUUCUAAAUUAAGUUUUGGUAAGUAUAAUCAGAUAGAUGAAAAAGAAGAAAUUCCAUUCUAAUUUGAAGAUAUAGUUGAAAAUGAAUAACUCUACUGGAAUCUAUUUAACAGAAAAGAAAAUUUACUUAAAUCCCUAUCAAAAUAUUUAAAUUCUAAUUCUGGUUUAUGGGAUAUUUAUUAUGAACUUGCUAAAGAAAAUGCAAUAAUAAGUAAAAUAUUUCUUCCUCCAUCUUUUAAAAGAGAAAUGUUCAAUUACUAUCCAAUAUUGAUUUCAUACUUUCAAUCUAAAGAUACGGUAAAUGCUGAGGAUAUAUUAAAAAAAAUAAGUAUAUUAUAUAUAAAAAACUAUGAACAAAAAAAUAACUAAAAUGAAAUAUAAUCAGAAAAACCUUAAACAAUCUCAAACUUUUCAAAUAAAUUAUUAGCUCUUCAAAAUAGUUUGUUCAUGUAGAAUACCGAAGAUUCAUUAUUUCUCUAAAAAAAGUUAACAGUAUACAGUAAUUAAAUUAGCUAAAUUAACACUUCAUAAGUUUUAAUGUCUCCUAUUAAGAAGUCUAUAGUAAAAAAGUAAACACUAAAAUUUAAAGAGGGGUAAGAAAAGGAAUAAAUUUACAGCUAAAGUAAUUAAAAGCGAUUAUCAUGUCUUGCUGAAGGAGUUUUUGAUAGUAUCCAGCAUCACUAAAGUUAAAAAAAGCAAGCAAAGCAAAUAUAAAAAAAUCUAUCUUUCUCAAUCUUUUAAAAUUAAGAAUCUAAUCUUAAAGUAAAAAAAGAAUCGAUUUACUAAGAAGAUCCAUAUAUGAAAACAAGAAAAGAAUCAUCUUUUAAAAAAAAAUACAAAACAAAUAGGAAGAAAGACACACUAAUAAUCAAAUAAGUAAAUCACAAAAAGGCAAGGAAAUCAAACUAUUUAAAUUCCAUACAACUGAAUAUGCUCUCUAACACAAAAAAGAAGUUUUUAUCUUUUUACAAAGUUAAGAAAUGCAAUAAUACAGAUAAAAUUUCUAAAUAUGAAUUCAGCUCAGAUGUGAAUUUUUUGUAUUACGCUUUGAGUUAGGCUUAGUUUUUAGCGUAAAGCUAAAAUUUUAAUAAAGCUGCAACAAUUUUAACUAAUUCCUUAGAAUCUUGUAGAUACUAUUUACCUCACUUGAAGGCGUAGGCUUUAAAUAUUUUAUCUGAUAUAUUUCGUAGAAAUAAUAUUUUUGCUGAUGACUUAGAAGAAAUGAAAAAUUCAUAUGAGCAGUUAAUGAAUUGCAAUUUUCAUGUUUAUAUUAUAACAGCCUGUCAGUAAAGGAAGAGCAACAAAAAAGUUUGUAAAAUAAGUUCAGACCUACUCAAAGAUAUUCUAUUUAAAGACUAAGAUUCUUUCGGAUUAAUCAGUUAUUCUUUUUAUGAAAGUAUAUUUGAACAGUUUAUGGCUUAAAUAUAUAUCCAGAUUAUAAAAUCCCACCCACAUUUACUUUAGCUAUUGCUCAUUUCUUAUACUCAAAAAUAUAUUUAGAAUGAUUCACAUUACAUAAAUUUAGGGCGAUAACAUUAAGUAAAUAAUAACUAAGGAGAACAAGAUGAAGAUAUAAAGGAAAUUAGCCCAUUAGCAUCAAAUAGAAAUAAAUAAAGUGUGUGUAAAUUAGAUAAAAGUAGUAUUAUAUAAAAGUAACUAGUGAAGUAAAAUAAUGAAGAUUCUUUUUUAAAUGAAGAAUCUAAAUAUGAUGGGGCUAAUCGUUCAUUAGAUAUAAAAGAAAAUACUUACAGUAAUAAUAAUAAGAUUUAAACUUAAACAAACUCAAAAAUCUCUAAUUUUUUAAAUAAAAAUUAUUAAUAAAUUAAAAAAAUAUAAAAUUAAUUGCUUUAAUAAUCAAUCUCAUCUAUAAUUCCAAAUUAUUAGUUUAAUUUUUUACCAGUAUUUAUGGGAUAACAUAAAAGGCAAAAAGAUUUGUCAAUUAAGUAAAGACCUUUAGAAAAUGAGUUAAGUAAAAAAGAAAAAUUAAAUGAAAAUAUACAAAACUAAAACUGUGACUUCAACCAAAAUAUUUAGAAUUCAUUUAACUCAAUAAGUAAAAAUAGGAAUUUUUAAGAAUUUAAUAUCAGAGAAGUAUCACCGAUAAUGUUUGAUAAAAUUGAAAGCCAAUAAAAAUAUUUUUAACAAUAAUGGUUAGAAUCCUCACCUUGUAAGCUAAUAAACGGUGGAGAAGGCGAUCGUUUAAGAAACGAAACAUAAAUUAUUAAUUAAACGUUUCGUUUAGAUUCUUCGUUCUCAAAUGUGUAGAAAGACACCUUUAAAAUUGAUUAACAUAAUGGAGACGAACAUUUAGAUUAUGAUUAAUUAAGCAAGUCAAAUAUAAGCUUAAAAUAGUAUUCUUCGAACACAAAUCUUAAUAUACUAAAUGAAACCUUUUCGAAUUAAUUUAAUGGAAUUUAAUAACCCCAAACUAUUCAAAAUGAUGAUAUAAGCCCAUGUAUUUAAACGAAUAAUUAAAAAAAUAAUUUUUACUCAAACUAAUAUGAUUAUUUAAUUGCUGGUUAAUUUUAAUCAGAAAACUAAGAAAAUAAUUAAAAUAAUAAUGGUAAACAAGAAAAUUAAGUUAAAGGUGAAAACGAUUUUUACCAUUAAGCCAAAGAAAAUUAGUAAUAGUUUAAUAAUAAAAAGAUUAAUAAAAACUCAGAGGAAAUAUUCCAUUUAGGAAUACAAGCAGCUCUUAAAUAAUUCAUUUUGAGUACAAAAGAAAAAAUAAAUAUUUAUCUUUCUUUGAAAAAAUAUAAAGAGAGCUAAAAAAAUAAGCAAUUUUAACUUUAAAAAUAAAAUUAGAUCAUUUUAAUUUAUAUUACAGAUCUACAACUAUAAUUUAAAAAUGAUGAUUUUAUAAAUGAAUUGAGUCAGCUUUUGCUUAAUCUAGAUAUUUAAUUGUUAAUUUUAGUGAUUAAUUAGCAACAACAAACUUAUGAGUAUGAUGAACUUCAAGAUAUAAUAAUUUCUGGAAAAAAUAUUAUUAAAUUUUUUAACAGUGAAUAAAAGCUACUCCAAUACAUUUAUAAUCAAAGAGAGCAUGUCAAAAAUAAUCUUAUACCUAUGAUGAUAGAAUAUUUUUGA